AUGGCUAAGCCAAAGGGCGGUGCCAAGGCCAAGGCAGCCCCGAAGCGAGGAUCGGCUGGCGAAACUCCUGCCAGCAAAAAGCCGAAGAAUAUCUCGGCAAGCCAGGUGAAGAUCGACUUGAUCCUACUCCAGCUGAUGAUUCACAUGCUGCCACUUAUGCAGAAGCACUGGCUGAUUGUGUCAGAUUCUCAAUCCAUGAAAGUUCCAGCAUCAACUUUGCAGUCCUUGGCUGCCAGGGCAUCCGCUGACAUGCCAUCGGGCCUGGGCCCGCAGAAAAGCACCGACAACAACGCAUUCAGAACUGCUGACAGGUUUGUGAAAAGAUGGGGAUUGCGGUGGAGCAUACCUAUUUCGGUCUAUGACCACGAUGAUAAAACUCAAGUUCCAUUCUUGUCUCCUCGUGACAUUUUUUCCCGUAUGCUGGAAAAGGCUCCCGACCUACUGUUUGGUGGUUAUGACAGCCCCCACAAGAUUCGAGAACUCCUGGGCAGCUUUUGGACAUCUUACAGGCAAUGGCAUCCAGAACACAUGGUGUUUCAACAAGCUCAAUCGGGCGACCUGGACCUCAACUUUACGCUGCCAGUGAUAAUACAUGGUGACGAGGGCAGAGGGCUUAGAAAAGGAAACGUAGCCGUUUGUUCAAUGGAGACUCCUUUCGGUUUGGAUACACAUAAGGAGGUCCCAUGUGGGGCUUCAUGGCCUUGUUGCGACCAGAACAACCUCGAGCCCAGCCCAGCUGAUUUCCAGACCACCAACCUGAAGUUUCAUUCCUUCCUCACCAAGUUUCUCAUGUUUCUCAUGCCGAACAAGAUCUACAAGCAGGAAGGUGUGCUGCAAGGACUUCUUCGUUUGAUCUUCACGCAAAUGCGAUCGCUGUUUUACGAAGGGGUUCAAGUUGGUCGCCGCAUAUGGAACAUAGCUGUUAUUGGCCUCAAAGGAGACAUGGCAUGGUUCCAGAAGAUCGCUGAUCUGGAUCGCCAUUAUAACAGGCUGAGCAAGAAGGUUGAUCAAAUGUGUUGCCACGAGUGCCUCGCAGGCUGCUCAGCGAUGCCCUUUGAAGAUCUGGCUGACAACCCAAGCUGGGCUCCUUCGAUUUUCACACAGCGGCCUUGGCUCCAGGAGCCUGCUAGUGGACUGUGUUUGCUGCCAUUUGAUGCGAAUCGCCCUGAAUCUAUUCUACGCCGAGACAUUUUCCACAAUCUGAAGGUGGGUACUCUACAGGAUUUUAUAGCAGGAUCGAUCGUUGUCAUAGCCGAAUUCGGCUAUUUUAACGAGGGGUCUUCGCAGAACAACAACUCCUUCCCCACUAUUCUCAAACGAAUGCAUGGGCAUUUCAAGCUUUGGUGCGCCACUGUUGGAAAAUCUCCCAAUCUGCAGGGAUUUACAAAGCAGUUUCUCAACCGGCCUAGCCGAAAACACUAUGGCUGGGCCAAAAGCAAGGGCUCGGAUUCGGUUCUGCUGGUGCAAUGGCUGCUGGUGUUGGUGAAAGCAUGCGAGGCAGACAUUAAAGAAGAGAGCCAUCGGGAUGCUUUCGAAGCCAUCUACCAAGCUGCAGAUGCUGCAAACAAGACCUAUGGCUAUCUGGCUUACACCUGUUUGCACAAGUACCAGCUUUCGGCAUUUGGGCUGAAACCCAAGCUGCAUAUGCUUCACCAUGCCACCCAUGCACUCCGGACAGACUUGGAUAUGCAGAAUGGGGAGGAAGAUGCAUCAGCGAAACAUGUUCCCAGCGGGCCAGUCGACCAGUUCGAAGAGCAUGGAACCACGCAUGCAGAGUUUUACAGGGCUCGAGGCCUGGGUGUGCAGGGCCUUGCCGAUGCCUUCCUCAUGAUGAAGCUGCCUUUCGAAAGCGAAGAGGCCAGACGAUUGAAUGAGGACAUCUUUGAGACGAUUUACUUCGCUGCCUGCGAAGCCUCCUGUGAGUUGGCAGAGCUCUCCGGGCCCUACGAGACCUACCCUGGAAGCCCGGCGAGCGAAGGACGUCUCCAGUUCGAUCUUUGGUCAAAGACACCCCGCAGCGGCAGAUGGAACUGGGAUGCACUGAAGGCAAAGAUUGCGCAGCAUGGGCUUCGAAACUCGUUGUUGGUUGCACCCAUGCCAACUGCUUCCACGGCUCAGAUCUUGGGGAACAACGAAUCCUUUGAGCCCUACACCCAGAAUCUCUACGUCCGCCGCGUGCUCUCGGGGGAGUUCGUCCAGGUGAACCGACACUUGCUGAAGGAUCUCAUCGAGCGCGGGCUCUGGGACGAGGACCUCCGGGUACAGCUCGUUGCCCAGAACGGGAGUGUGCAAAGGCUGCCACUGCCGGCAGACAUCAAGGAGCUGUACAAGACCGUCUGGGAGAUCAAGCAGCGGAGGGUGCUUGACAUGGCAGCCGACCGUGGAGCCUACAUCGAUCAGUCCCAGUCCUUGAACAUUCACAUGGUGGACGUGACCACCGCAAAGCUGUCCUCCAUGCACUUCCACGGAUGGCAGCUUGGGUUGAAGACAGGACUGUAUUAUCUGCGAACCAAAGCCGCGGCGGAUGCGAUCAAAUUCACGGUCGAUGUGAGUCAGAUGAAGAAAUCCGUCGCCACCGACUCAGACGCAUCCACGGCCGCCGCCCCCUCGCCGCCCAAGGACACCGAGGCCAAAGCCAUAGCAGCGCUGAAGGCUGACCAGCCCAAGUACGAAUGCGUAAAUUGCAGUGCCUGA